CACUACUCAUUGGCCAAAAUACACUUCUAGGGAGUAUUUAUUUCUCAGCAGCACAUAAUUCUCUGUCAUCCAUGCAGUUAUAUCAGAAGUGGAUUUUGCUUCAUCAGUUGACGUGUAACAGUGAAUAAGUAUGGACAACAAACACACAUAUUUGCUGAACUUUAAAGGCUAUAAUUUUAUAUCUUCUUUAGUUGAUGCUGACUUUCUAGAAAAUCUAGAUGAUUUUGAAAUUAGAGAUGAUGAUGUCUUCAUAAUUACAUAUCCAAAAUCUGGUACCAUCUGGACUCGGCAGAUACUAAGCUUGAUUUAUUUUGAGGGACAUCGUAACAGAACUGAAGACUUGGCAACACUUGUUAGAAUCCCCUUCUUGGAAUACAAUGUACGCAAAAUGGACUUUCUCAACAGACCGUCUCCUCGCCUCUUCUGUUCCCACCUCCCAUAUUAUUUAGUACCGAAAGGUCUCAGGAGCAAAAAAGCUAAAAUUAUUUAUGUCUACAGAAACCCCAAGGAUGUUAUGACUUCAUUCUUUCACUUUUCAAAUAUGGUGGUCUGGCUUGAAGCUGGGAAUGAUAUGGAACAUUUCAUGAAAAGGUUUCUAGAUGGAAAUGUGGUAGGAAGCCGUUGGUUUGAUCACAUCAGAGGCUGGUAUGAGCACAGACAUGACUUCAGUAUUCUGUUUAUGAUGUAUGAGGAAAUGAAAAAGGAUCUCAGAAAUUCUGUGCUUAAAAUCAGCCGUUUUCUUGAGAAAGAACUGAGUGAAGAGGAUGUGAAAGCUAUUGUGAAACAGUCUACAUUUCAGAACAUGAAGUCUGAUCCAAGAGCAAAUUUUGAUGAGAUUCUAAAAUGUAACAACUGGAAAAGAACAGAUGAGGAACAUUUUCUUCGCAAAGGUACCGUUGGAGACUGGAAACAUCACUUGACAGUGGAGCAAAAUGAAAGAUUUGACAAAAUAUUCCAAAGGAAUAUGAAAGAUUUGCCUUUGAAGUUCAUCUGGGAUUUAAAUGGAGAGUAAAAUCAGUGUAGAAGAAUUCUAAAAAAAUCUACUAACCAGAGAGGCUAUUUUAAUAUACACAUUAAUUUGUGCUUCUUAUGCAAAUGUUAAUUAUAAAACUUUAAUAAUAAAAAAUUAGUAAACGGUGCUUAGGUUAGUUGCCAGGUGUUUGAUAAGCACUUUGAAAUUUCAGAAAUUAAAAUGAUUUAGUAGAUAGUCUGCAUUGAUAUCCUGUAUUAUAAAUUAAAAAACAGGAAGCAUGUAAUAGGAAUUAUAAAUGUUCUGAGUUUUCCUUAGUGAGUAUUUUUUUGUUUACCUACAAUUAAAUUGAGUAUCAAUGAAACAUUAAAAUUUAUUUUAUUAUUAUAAUUAAACAUUAAUUCUUUGAUUUAAAAUAAUUGUGAAUGUUGAAAUAGAGAACUCUUAUGAAAGCACAUGGAUCUAUUUAAUACUUUACCAGAUCACUAAAAUUUCUUUUCAUAUAAUGAUCUUGAGAGAGAGACAAAGAGAGAGAGAGAGAGAGAGAGAGAGAGAGAGAGAGAGAGAGAAACAUGAAUUUGUUGUUCCACUUUUUUAUGCAUGCAUUUGUUGAUUCAUGUAUGUGCCCUGUUGGGGAUCUAACCCACAACCUUGGUGUAUUGGGAUGAUAUUUGAGAGAUGUUAGGGAGAAGAGAUUGCACAUUAUAAAAUACUGUGUUAAUAAUAGUAAUAUCAUAAUUUACAUUUAAAUACUUGUAGGGAGAAUUGUCUUGUUAUAUAUUUACAUUUUGUAGGAACUUUAACCAACAAACACUGGGUUUACUAAAAGCAACGGGCUCACUGCUAGGCUCUCUGUAGUUAAGAAAAUUUUGAAGAAAUACAGUUACUUCCGCAGAGAAGUUUAUAUUCUAGUUUGGAUAGUAAGGUAAUACCAAAUACAAAAGAAUACAUUUAAAAAAUGGAACUCGCAGGUUGAAUUUAAAAUAUACAUCCCAGAUGAUGUGAAAUUGAAUUAAAUGGCAUAAUGACUAUUGUUGGUGAUAAAUUUUAAGAUGAAUUGUACUCUACUAAGAAGUGUUAAUGUAAAAAAACAUUCAAACCUG